CACACACCCCCUGACACCCCCCACACACCCCCUGACCCCCCCCACCCCACACCCACCCCACCCCACACCCUCCCAAUCUGCUGCUAAAUUACUGCCUUGCAGCAGCUGGAUCCAGGAAGGUGCAGAGUCUUGUCCAGGACAGGAGACAGUUGCUGGACGGUGGAGACUUGCUGACAGAGAUCACCAAACGAACAUCACGUACAGUCAGUGAGUGCAUUAAUCAGGACCUCGAUAACCUGAGACAGAGAAAUGUCCAUUUGUUUUAUCUACAUCAAAGGUUUAAACGAUCAGUCUGGACUGGGAAAGCUCUGAGACACAUCCUCCCAUCCCCAAGUAAGGGUCUUCCAGCGAACGGACUCUGGGAAAUAAACCCUUGAAGGUGGGAGCCAGCGUUGAACAGCAUCAAACAGUCCCCAGCCCGGAGACACCGUCCCCGUGCUCUGUGGGGAUUCACCAUCAACUGAUUAUACAAAACUCCGAUACACAGCACCAUCCCAGAACAUGGAGAAACCCUGGAAGUGUGAGGACUGUGGGAAGGGAUUCCACUCCCUGUCAACCCUGGAAUUUCAUCGCCGUGGUCACGGCAGGGAGAGGCCAUUCACCUGCUCAGAAUGUGGGAAGGAUUUCCCCAAUUCCUCUGCCCUGCGGAAACACCAGCGCUCUGCAACUGGGGAGAGGCCGUUUGCCUGCUCCGAGUGUGGGAAGAAAUUCCAUGAAUAUUUCACCCUGGUGAGACACCAGCGAACUCACACUGGAGAAAACCCAUCCAGCUGCUCGGAGUGUGGGAAGGUAUUCACUCAGUUCUCCAGUCUGCGUGCACACCAGCGAGUGCACACUGGGGAGAGGCCGUUCAGCUGCUCUGUGUGUGGGAAAGGAUUCAUUCAGUUAGCACACCUCCGCAAACAUGGGCAAAUUCACACCGGGGAGAGACCCUUCAAAUGCUCCAACUGUGAGAAACGAUUCCGAGAUUCAUCUGCCCUCCGUAUACACCGGCGAGUGCACACUGGGGAGAGGCCGUUCAGCUGCUCUGUGUGUGGGAAAGGAUUCAUUCAGUCAUCACAUCUCCGCAGACAUGAGCAAACUCACAAGUGAAUACAGGAGUGGGACCUGCUGUAAAUCAGCAGUAAUCUCUGUGCUCCUGGGCAGGAGUUACAACACCAUCCUCAUCUGCAAUCCCCUUUCCGUUUUGUAUAUCGUCCUGAUGCCAAACUACAUUGGCUGUUGGUGCAGUGUCGCUGAGUCAGAAUCCGGAAAUCCCUCUCUCCCAGCAUUGUGGGUGUUCCCGAUACCACAAGGACUGCAGAUACAGAGGGCAGCUCAGCAUCACCUUCUCAACAAAGACAGGGAACGCUGACCUGGACAGUGAGACUGGAGCCUAAGCAUUGAUUUUAAACAUGAGGGAGUUACCAAUCCGUGACUGAGCCAUGUUCAUUCAGACCGUGGGUGAGGUCACAGGGUCACAGCAGUGCCCACUCUCUCUCACACCAUUGGACUUCUAGUCAGAGUGACACUGUUCCAGCUGGCACUGCAUCUUCCCCACAUGGGGCAAUGAUCCCCAAAACCUCAGACAGGCCCACCUCUCCCUGGGCUCUCAGGAAUGGUUUACUUCCUGCUCCAAAGUCUGAAAUAAAUCUGUCCGACUAUUCCAUGGCGUCAGCAGCUCAGGGCCCAGGGCAGUCGUAUUUAUACUCCAAAGCGGAAGAGUGGGACAUCGCACAGAGCCGUGGGAAUAGGGGACUCCAUCGUGAGAGGAACUGACCGGGGUUUUUGUGGCAGCAGACGGGAUUUAAGGAUGGUGUGUUGCCUUCCUGGUGCCAGGGUGAAGACAUCACAGACAGAGUGCGGGAAAUCCUCAAGGACGAAGGUGAAGAGCCAGAGGUGGUGGUACAUGUCGGCACAAAUGAUCUCGGGAAGAAGAGGAGGAACACACUACAGCGGGACUUCGGAGAACUAGGAAGAAGGCUGAAAAGCAGGACGUCCAAGAAAGCAACAGAGCAGUUUGACACCACUCCCUGAUCUUUCAGCAUGUUUCCAGCCUUCACUGGUGUUCCUCCCAGACUCCCAACACCAUCACUUAAGGAGCUUCUGUCCGGUGUCUCGGAGCUGUGAACCACGCAGUAGCGUGGCUGAGAUACAUUUCUGACAUCCCUGAGGAUCCAGCUCCCUGUCCAAUCCUGCAUGUGACCAGUGCAAUUCAACCCCGACAGUCAGCCGUGAACCUGCCAGUGUCUCGAUGUUUGGGAUAGCAGAGUGCGUUCCUUCCCGGAUCUGGAGCAGCCUCGCGAAUAGUCACUCUCCAGUCGGAGUGCAGUCAAACCCAGGCCCACUGAGAGAACACCUCGUCAGUGCCGUCCUGAUGGUGCGGUCAGUGCCUGGAACUUUUAAAGGACUUCCCACAAUCCAGCUGUCACAAAGAUCACUCACAGCAGGUUGGACUAAAAGUAAAGAGCUUUGCCCCGGUGGGAAAUUCCUCGUGUUUAUUUAAGUCUGAGCACCUGAAUGCAGAUUUUCUCCCUGGUGUGUGUUCUCGCUGUGUCUGCGUAAGUUGGAGAACUGAGUGAACCUCUUUCCACACUGGGUACACGUGAAUGCUUUCUCCCCUGUGUGAGUCCUCUUGUGUCUGUGUAAACUGGAUAACUGAGUAAAUCGUGUCCCACAUUCAGGGCAGCUGAAUGGUUUCUCUCUGCUGUGAGUCGUCAUAUGUGUCUGUAAGUUGGAUAACUGAGUGAAUCCCUUCCCACAUAAAGAGCAAUUGAAUGGUU